AUGGAAUUUAUCCCUGAUUUCAUUUCCUCGCAGCGCGCCGCGUCGCCUAAGCCUUCCACCAGCAACAUUGCCCGCGAGAUUCCAGCCACGCCUCUCAAAACCCGCACCUUUGCCAAGCGACGCGCACCGGAGAUGGACGAUAUCAAGCUGAACCUUGCCAAGAAGUUCAAGGAGCAAGAUGACACCAAGCAUCCGCGGCAUGCCUUUUCUCAUGAAGGAUCCAACGUGUACAAGAUUGGGUUCGAGAAGUACGUCUACGCCCGCUUCCAAGAUGGGGUUUCUGCCAUCGUCAUCGGGGAGUGGAAAAAGCAAAGCGACGACACCUACCGCCGCACCUUGGAGAAGUCCAUCACCGUAAAGAAGCCUGGUUUCUUGCGCCUGUGUGCCUUGAUGAUGAGUGGUAAAGCGGACCUGGACAAGAAUUCUCAGAACUGUGGCACCGACGGUAAGCUGACGCCUCUGUAUGCGCUGGAGAGUGGACUGUAUUUUGGCUGGGGACGUUACAACCGUGUCAACACGGCCACCGUAAGACGUUACACCUUCGGUCAGAACGGAGACCUGAUUCCCACGAAAGCUGGCGUGACCUUUGGACUGAAGACGUACGACGGUCUCAAAGAACUGGUUAUGGAUAUGACGCUGCUGAAAGAACUCCUGGGAGUGGAUGAAGCCAACAAUGUUCCAAAGACCUUGAAAUCCGCUCUGGCUUAUGACAAGCUCAAAGAGGAAGUGGCUGAAGAGUUCACUGAACUCAUCCACCAAAUGCGCGGUCGCAAUGGAAAAGUCAGCUGUGGGAGUGCCAGCGAUGACGAGUGGGCAGCGGCUGAAAAGGCUAUUGUGGAGUCGCGCUAUGUGGAGGCUGUUCUGUUGGAAGCUGACCAAGUGGAUCUUGGGCAAGUUGUUGGACUGGACGUUAAGGGGUAUUUGGAACUUAAUGCUCUGGAGUUUCGUGCUAUGUUCGCUAAGCUUAUUUAAGUAGCGUCAAUAACGAGCUGUAUUUGUUUUGGAUUAUUCCGUGUUUCAUUUACGAACUGCACAUUACAGGCAGCAGUAGAAUGG